AUGCACUCACCACACGCGCCUGUCGAGAGACAGUGGGUCUUUGAUGAUUUAAUAGAUUACACAAUGUAAUAAUUUUACUAUUUUUUUUUUCGAGUUUUGAUAUUUUUUUUCAAGUAAUUCAUUUAUCAAUGAGAAGUUUUAAGCUCAUUGUCACCUGGGAACGAGUCAGCCCGUUUCGAAGUUGGCGACAAUGUCGUCUUGCGCAUCGGAACGUUUGAAGACGAUCGCGAACGCGAUUCCUCCAAUGUCCAGACAAAGACCAUCAUGGACUACAAAGGAGAGGUACCGAAUAUUUACGUAAUGAAAAAAAAGACUACAUGUUUAAGGUGCAAGAACUGCGUGGGAGGAUCCUGACAGCCUACAAAGAUCUCGUCGCUUUCCGUUGUUACAAUGAAAAGACAGGCGAAACCGUCAGGAUCAUCGACUUGAGCACAAGGAAUCGACAUCAGUUGAAGGUUUGAGAGCGAAGAAUUCAUGCAGAAAUGGUCUGGUUUGAAGGAUCUGGAGCAUCGUCCAGUGGACAUGGCCUUUGCUCAGAAUUCGCCUUUGCUAGCCAUUCUCGACGCCGAAUCGAGUCUCUACAUCUAUAAGAUUGGAGAAGGCUUCAAUGUGUGAGUUUUCAGCAUUCAAAAGAAAUUAUUGCUUUUACCUCAUCAAAAAUAUUUUGAAACUUCAUCGACCCUUGAAAUAUAAGCUCGAGCCAGCGGUCCUUAGGAAAAGUUUUUUUUUCUUCUUUUUCGAUAAAGAAAUUAAUUGAUGCUUUAAAUUUUGAGAUUUUUCCGAAAAGGCGCAAAAAAGAUUUUUAUUAAAAUUGUUAAACUUAUUUUUCAAGAAUACUCGAAGUGAAGAAGCUAUAGAUGAGUGUUCUUUAAGAAUGUUUUUAAAGAAAAAUGAAGAUUAUGGUAUUCAACGCCAGAUUUGGAACUUUUUGACUUGAAGACCUCAUUCAAUUUUUCUAAAAAUAUUCCAAUAUUCAGCGAAAUAUCUUGGUUACAAAAAAAUGACGUUAAAGGCUGAUUUUUUUCUGGAUACAUUUUUUUGUUGAAGAUUAAUGUUUGGCUUUAUUCUCGUUUCUCAUGUUAUUAUUUUUUGUUCCAUAUAAAGCUUUUUAUCGAACUUUAUAAGCUUGUCAGCCUUAUUUCGCUCACUGUCCUUCAAAAUUUCAAAUUGGAAGAAUUUCAGUGAGCGUUUUCUGAGCGUGACGAACUGGCCUUCGAGGUCGACGCGAGACGCUACUGAACGUCUCCGUAUCACCUGGUGUCCGUAUGUCCCAGACGCUUCUGACGAUGAUAACCAAGACGAGUGGCAUAUGUUGGCCGUAUAUUCCGUUUGCCAUACUUCACUUCCUCAAUUUAUCGUUUUAAUAAGGGCCGUCACGUGAGUAUUCUGUCGCUGACUUUGCUCAAGGAGUCGUCGCCCGAUGGAGAAAUCGACUUCGAUCAGGCCAAGAACGUCGCGGACGCCGUCUAUUCAGUUACCGUGGACGAAGUAUUUUCAAUUCUGAAUCGAUAGAACGAAAUGAAUGGACGUUAAGGACAAUGAUCACGACGUCUACGUGAAAGGCGUCUACAUAUCGCCCGAUGCGACGGCCGUCGCCAUCAUCAAGUCUUCCGGACUGGUCUCGUUCUACGUGAUGGACGACGACGGCUUGAAGUUCGCUCACAACUGGGAUCCCAAGUUCGGAAGCCCCGUCACCGACAUUGUCUUCUUGGACGAUCUGCGGCCUGAGCGCAACGAGUAGGUUUUUGAAAGAACUUUUAAAUAAUCUUUGAAGAACUAUUUUCACACCUGGAAAAUGAAAUGUUCUGAAAUAUGUAGUCGAGGGUCAUUUCGGAACAAACUUUUGAUGAUUAAUCUUCCCAACUUCACAACUUCGAUUUUAUCGUUUUAUUUCUUUUUCGUAUCUCAUUUUUUUAAACAUCUUUUCUUUUAACGAAGGAAUUACUGGGUUGAGCUCCUUCUUCUUAACUUUGACUUUCUCCUCAUUUUGCUGCUUAAAAUUGUGUUUACAGUCUCCCGUUCUGGGGAACUUGUCUGGCGAUUGCCGACGGCGGAAAGAAAGUCGCUCUGUACGAAUGUCAGACCUGGAAGUGCCUGGGCCGGAUUCGUUUCGAAGUUGCGUCGGACAACACAGAGUUUGCGCCGUAUUUCGACGUCUCCACACGAUUCGUCCAUUUUUUGGAUGUUGAUCGAUCGGUGAGAACUUUGGAAGUUGCAAGUUUGCCGAAAAGAACUAUUAUUCAUGUGAUAUUUUGAUUAAGAGGUUUUUAUAUUCUAACAAUAGGUCUUCUCAGUUUGUCUUUUUCUGUUUUCUCCGCUCUUUCGAUGAUAAAACUCAUAACUUCGGUAAUCAAGUUAUCGAAUGCUACUAAAUAGCUUUGCAUAUUGAUUUUAACGCAGGCGUUCAGUUCAUCACUUUUUCCCCACAGGACUUUUUUCUUUUAUUCCUACCUCAAGAAACUAUCAAGCUAUCCUUCUUACUCGAUCCUACAUCAAAUUUAAAAAAAAAACGAGAAGUAGAUGAACAUAGAAGUAUAUUUUCCAACUAUUGAUCUGAAGUUUGUUCUGAAAUAUCCAUUAUUAUGGAAAAGUUUGUUUGAGAAUUUUUGCUGGAUGUGUGGAGGUUUGCCAAUAAAUUUAAUGGAACUCAUAGGGUCGAUCAAAAUUGAGCGAAUUCUCUGUAGAAAAUAUUGGAAAGGUAAUUUUUACUUGCAGAGCAUUUAUUCGAUUGAACUGGCGACGGUGGAUGGUCUGCCCAGAUUCGCGGGAGUCACUCAGACGUCAUUCUUCCGUUCGGUCUACGCUUUUGCUCCCCUCAACAGCUCGACCUUCGACAACGCCGGUAGCUGCCUCCAGCUGAACGACCCGUAGCUGAACAACGUUUUUAGACCAGUCGUUCGACGACAUGUUCGGCAACGAGUCUGAGGGCAAGGAGGCGCGCUCGUCGUUGUGCGCAUUGACAUCUCGAAGCCUCGUCGAGAUGCAGAUUCAACUGGAGGUCCACGACGCUCCCUCUGGGAAAAACGAGAAAAUCGGCGGCUCCGUCCUCUCUCCCAACGUUUUCGACGUUGGAAAUGCUAGGUAAUCCACCAAACCUUGUAAAUAUCGUGUUGUACAUCUUUUUCAAGCUGAAUCGCGAUUAUAUGAUAGGAAUGAGCAGAAACUUCCAAAACGUUUUUUUUUCUAAUAAUUUCAGUAUCUUAUAGUUUCAUUUUAUUUUUCAUUCGGGAACUUUUUUUCUCGCAGUUCUGACUAAAUGAAAAAAUACACAAACAUUUUCAGAAAUUCAGUUCUAUUAUUCUUUUUCUCUGUUUGUUUGAAGGCGUCCUUUUUUUGUAGAUCUGCGGGGCCAAGCGAGUUGUUCAAAUCGACUCGAAAUGUCAAAAAUACUCGCAGCGAUUCGCCUUUGAUCCAAGAACAGAACAACGCCGAGCUGGAGAAAAAAGUUGAAAUUUCUUUUUUUAAACAUAUAAUUUCGGCUUUUUUUUUAGCUCGAUCUCGUUCUGGAACGUCUAGAUCUUUUGGAAAAUGCGAACAGUCGGGGCAACGACUCGAGCGAUCAGAUUGUUACGAUGCUCAACAAUUUGGGUAAGAGUUUGGAUCAUGUAGUUUCUUUGAGAGCCUCUUUUAGCUGAAGAGGGUCGCCAACGCGAAGAUCUACUGUUGUCGACGAUCGGCCGGACGAUGGAGAAUUUACGAACUGAUCUGAUGACGUCACUCGACAGAGGCCUCACCGAAAACCGCCGUCACGUCGAAGCUUCCAUGGUUGCCAUCCAUCAGGUUCGGCAUUUGUCCAUUUUAAUAGAAAAAUAUCAUUUGAAGUUUUUAUGAAAUAUACUUUGAUCAAAUUUUGUAUUAGAAACCCUAUUUUUUUUCCUUUCUUGGUUUUAUUGAUCUUUUAAGAGAAAACUUUCACGUGCUAAAUCAUAGCUCCAAUAAGAGAUUAUGGGUUUUUUUUCCUUCAAACUUCAACACAUUUUUCUCAGACACCUGAAAAACUGGUAGAUAAAAGAAGAAAGUUUUCAUUCCAGAAGAACUUCGAACUGCAGUCGAAGGUCCUUGGCGGCCAGUUCAAGCAAGCUUUCGCCGAAACCGUAGUCCCGAGCUUGGAAAGAACCUGCACCCAACUGUUUGACCGCCUCAACGAUUCUUUCCAGAACGGCCUCAAUGAAGUUACUUUUCUAUCUGAAUUCUUUGUUAUUCUACCGUCACAGUUCGCGUAUAGAAAGCAAAUAAGAUUUAUUUCUUGCAGUACCUGAAAAGCAUGAAGUUGGCCUUGCAAAACGCGGCUCUGACACUAAAUUCCGUCAAUCCGCCGCCCUCGGUCGCCAUCGCCAAUGAACGCUUCGCCAUCAUGCAACUCGUCAAUACCAACCCUGCUCUUGCCUUUGAAACGGUAAACGAAUGGAAGAAAUGGAAAUCAUUUCAUGCUUAUCGAAUUUGAAGAAAAGGUUGUAGGAAAGUACUAAAAGAGAGUUUUCGCUGCGUUCUAGUCGACUUUUGUAUGAAGUUUCUUUUAAGUGCUAUCAUAUUCCGCCAAGUUCUUCAAUUAUUUAUUCUGGUUUUUUUUUGUAUUUACUUUUCAUGCAGUUUCUCAAAGAUCCUUUCUAGAGCUUGUGAAGGAGCAUACGAGAUUCAGAAAGAACUAUCUAGGCGAAAAGCCGUUUUCAAUAUUUCAAUAUAAUUGAGAUUGGUGACCCAAGACUCAUGCGCUUUGUAGGCAGGACGCGUAGCGUGUGCGUACGCGGUUCUUGGCACGUUCAAUUCGACCGCCAGCGACUAUUUGGAAAGCCCGUUUUUCGUUUUUCGUUUUUCAUUCCUUUUUCAAUUUUUUAUUGAUUAUGUUCAUGUGUGCAUCAAAAAAUAGUAGAACACGAAAAUUGCCGAGCUCUUUAAAUAGUCGGCGACGAACAGACGCCAAGAACCGCGUACGCACACGCUACGCGUCCCGCUUCUUGCCCCGCCUGCCUCACUUUUCAAGUCGGGAAACAUUGACUAUACAGAGCCGAAUUUUUUUUCCAAAACAAGUUCUUUUUUUUUUCAUCCAAGCGAGAAGUUUACUAUUAAUUUUUCACUUCAACGAUAAUUUCCCCUUACGGGAACCUGAAUGCAAAAUGAUGUUAAAAUGAAGUUUGGUUUUGAGGCUCUGAACAAAGGAGAUCCGACGCUGCUGGAAUUUGUGUGCAGCCACGUGAACCCGGACGCUUUGUUCGCGCAGCCGAACUGCAUGAGUCAGCCGGUUCUCGUCUCCCUGCUCCAGCAGCUCACGAUCACCCUCAGUCAUGAGCGAGACCUCAAAUACAGGUUAGCUCGAAGAAGAUGUUCGAGAUAUAGAACUACAACAAUCGGUUAUAAUUAAAAAGGAAAAGCCUUUCAAAAAAAAAUCUAUUUUAUUUUUCAUGAGAGGUUCUCCAAUUUUUCCAAAAACAACGUAUGCUUGAACGUACAAGUUUUUCAGAUACAUUGAACAUAUUCUGGGGGCCAUCCAGCCCACGGAUGCAGAUACUUCCUCCGUCGUUCCCAAUGUUUUAUCCCAGCUUUUGGCUUCCCUCAAAGGUAUUUUUCGAUUUCUUCCUUCCCAUUUUACUUUGCAAAAGAGCCUUUUCCAAGAUAUUCUUUGCAUUAUAUUAAUCAGAGCGAGCUAAUUUUUUUUUUGUUGAUCACUUAUAGAUCUCAUUUGUAGGUCUUUUUGAUCCAAGUUCGUGUUAUUUCAUAGUUUUUCUUCUCGAUUUUCCUCUUCGGCGGGUCCUUUGAUUUCUGAUUGAUUGAAAGUGACAAGUUUGGUUUGGUUUGCGAAGAAUGGAUGAAAAAUGAACUUGAAUCUGUUUCGGGCCACUUUGGACUAAUUUGGUUUUUUAGUUGUUUUCUACGUAAAAGGGAUCUAAAAAGCCAAAAAUUAGGAAAAGUUUCACAUGCGCAAUUUCGCUAAAAGAUUCUCUUUGAAAAACAAUUAUAUAUAAUAUGUCAGCUUUUGAUUCUAAAUGAAGAUAGGUAAGUGGAGACCUGAAGAGUUUUUUUCCGUCAUCGAAUGUAGUUUUGGUUGCACUAUCUUUUGUUUAGAAAAUUUAUUAACCAACUUUUACGAUCAACAUUCUAAUGAAUUGAAAAGUUGAAUUCUUAUCAGAGUUAUUAUUUUUUUCAGAAAUCGCGAGCCGCACUACCGACUCGAUGGUUUUGCGGCAAACGCGCCUGAUUUAUCAGUUGGCGCAGAGCAUCGGAUUCCAAUCGCCUCUUCCGACUCAUAUUAGUUGGUUUUUUAGAACCAUUUCCUUUCCACUGUUAGAAAAAAAUUGUUUUAUUAGUUAUAUUGAAUUUUAUCGGAAUUACGAGACAGGUCAAGUUAUUCGAAAAAAAUCUCAUAAAAGAAGAGUGCUCUAUUUUUGUUUGCUUCUACCGAAUUUAGUGGUGGGAAUCUCAAAAAAUUUCCACAUGCCUCUUUAUUCCAGCUUCUCUACCGCCAGACACCCACAACAUCAUCUGA